AUGGAAAGGUGGAGUCUCGUCCUAACAACACGGAAGCAGUCAUGUGAUCACAUGUCAUUCCCACACGGGUGUCCACUCGUAAGGAUUCUCCUAGUGGUCCUGGCCUCUCUGUGUGUGCUGACCUGCCCUGGUCACGGGGCUUCGUUUCGGGUAGGGGUGGUGGGCCCCUGGGGAUGUGACCCAGUCUUCGCCAAGGCCCUGCCCAAUGUGGCAGCACAGCUGGCUGUGAACCGUAUCAACAAGGACCCCAUGUUGUCCCACACUGACACCUUUGACUACACCGUGCUCCACGAGCCGUGUGAUACCUCCAGAGCUCUGGAAACAUUUGUGACUUUCCACACCAAAGCCUCCGCUUAUGUCGGACCCGCCAACUCGGGUUAUUGUGAUGCUGCUUCAAUGCUGAGCAAAAGCUGGAACAAAGCUCUGUUUGCAUGGGGUUGCAUCGGCUAUGAGUUGGACGACGCUCGGAGCCACCCAACAUUUGUACACUCUAUGCCGAGGCCCACCCGGGUGCUGGUGAGAAUCAUGAGGUACUUCCAGUGGGCUCACGUGGGGAUCAUCUCUUCCUCGGAUGACAUUUGGAUGGACACAGCAACCAAGGUUGCAGACUCCCUCCGUGCUCACGGUCUUCCUGUCAGAAUAGUCAGCAUCAUGGAAAACACACCUCACGGCAUCAGGAGGAUCCUUGGCAAAAUUCGCAAAAUGAGAGAACUACGAGUGGUGGUCCUCUGCAUGCACUCAGCGCUGAUUGGCGGCCAGCUCCAGAAGAUCCUUUUGGAGACGGCCUACGACAUGCAGAUGAUCGACGGGUCACUCCUUUUCCUGCCUUAUGACACCCUCCUCUACAGCCUCCCGUACAGCAACAUCAGCUUCCCAGCGCUGAGGAGCAACCGCAAGCUGCUGCGGGCCUACGAUGCCGUGCUCACCGUCACAAUCUCCUCGCCCCGGAGGUCGUUUUUUGAGGCAUACAGGGAGGCCAUGGAGACGGGCGAGGUGGCGAAGACCCUGGAGCCCCAGCAGGUAUCACCUCUCUUCGGCACCAUCUACAGCUCCAUGUUCCUUGUGGCGCACGCUGUUCAGCAAGUUCGACGUUCCAAGGAGUGGAUGUCUGGCGGGAAUGUGGCACAACGAGUGCGCAGCCACAACUUUGAGGGCUUCAGCCAUCCCAUGGAGUCUGACAGUUCUGGAAGCAUUCUGUUGGACUAUGUCCUACUGGACACAGACGGACUCUCCUGGGAGCUGAAGCCAACACACAGGCUCGACAUGAAGGCCGACAUGGUGCACUUCUUAGGUCGAGACAUUCACUUUCCUCGUGGCUAUGGACCUAGAAAGGACGCCCCCUGCUGGUUCACGCCUGGUGUCAUCUGCUCAGGAGGCAUGGAUCUCUUCUCCACCAUUAGCAUUGUGCUUGCAGCCAUCGCUGCUGCCUUGGUGACUGUGCUGCUCGUUUACGUUCUUCGGCGACGCAUCAACCAGAUUCGGCUGGUCAGGGGUCCGAACAAGAUCCUGCUGACUCUUGCGGAUGUCACGUUCAUCAACCCAUCGCUUAGCAACAAGAAGCUGAGCUUGGACGACAGCCGGGCCAGCGGCAUGAAGAGUGGGUCGGAGUGCAGCCUCACAUCGCCCACCUCCACCCAGUCCCCAGCCACCUAUGAGAACUCCAACGUGGUCAUUUUUGAGGGGGACUGGGCGUGGCUGAAGAGACUUCCAGACGGCUCGUUUAGCAGCAUCAACCCCAAAACGAGCGACAUGUUUGAGCUGAUGAAGGACAUGCGACAUGAGAACGUCAACCCUUUCCUGGGUUUCUUCCUCGACUGCGGGGUAUUUGCCAUCGUGACCGAGUUCUGCUCCAGAGGAAGCCUGGAGGACCUGCUCCUGAAUGAUGAUGUCAAGCUAGACUGGAUGUUCAAGUCCUCCUUGCUGCUGGAUUUGAUUAAGGGUAUGAAGUACCUGCACCACCGCGGUGUGUCCCACUCUCGUCUGAAGUCUCGCAACUGUGUAGUGGACGGGCGCUUUGUGUUGAAGAUCACAGACUACGGCUACAAUGACGUUCUGGAAGCUCAGAGGUUCCCCUAUGAGGAACCCCCUGCAGAUGAGUUGUUGUGGACGGCUCCAGAGAUCCUGAGAGCCGCUCAGCCGGGCCUGCAUGGGACACUGGCCGGCGACGUGUACAGCUUCGCCAUCAUCACACAGGAGGUGGUGAUCAGAGGGCCGCCCUUCUGCAUGCUGGAUCAGUCGGCGGCAGAUGUGAUUGAGAAGCUGCGUAGACCGCCUCCGUUGUGUCGUCCGGUGGUCAGCUCGGACUGCGCUCCAUUGGAGUGCAUCCAGCUGAUGAAGCAGUGCUGGAAUGAACAGCCGGAAAAGAGGCCCACGUUUGAGGAGAUCUUUGACCAGUUCAAGGACAUCAACAAGGGCAAGAAGACCAACAUCAUUGACUCCAUGCUGCGGAUGCUGGAGCAGUACUCAUCCAACCUGGAGGAGCUGAUCCGCGAGCGGACAGAGGAGCUUGAGAUUGAGAAGCAGAAGACCGAAAAGCUCCUGACGCAGAUGCUGCCUCCGUCCGUGGCGGAGGCGCUGAAAGUGGGCGGCACUGUGGUGCCUGAGUAUUUCGACAGCGUGUCCCUAUAUUUCAGUGACAUUGUGGGCUUCACUACCAUCUCGGCCAACAGCGAGCCCAUCGAGGUGGUGGAUCUGCUCAACAGUCUCUACACGCUCUUUGAUGCCAUCAUCGGCAACCACGACGUCUACAAGGUGGAGACGAUUGGUGACGCCUACAUGGUGGCUUCGGGUGUCCCCGUUCCUAAUGGUAACCGACACGUGGCGGAGAUAGCCAACAUGUCGCUGGAUAUCCUGAGCGCUGUGGGAACCUUCAAAAUGCGGCACAUGCCCGAUGUUCCCGUCAGGAUACGCAUCGGACUGCACACAGGUCCAUGUGUAGCAGGCGUCGUGGGUCUCACCAUGCCUCGCUACUGUUUAUUCGGUGACACUGUAAACACCGCCUCUCGGAUGGAGUCCAGCGGCCUCCCCUACAGGAUCCAUGUGCACCAGAGCACCGUCAAAGUCCUGCGGGAGCUCAACCAGGGCUACAAGCUGGAGCUUCGGGGGAGAACAGAAGUCAAGGGCAAAGGAACAGAGGAGACGUACUGGCUUGUCGGAAGGGAUGGAUUCACCAAACCUCUUCCUGUACCUCCAGAACUCAAGUCAGGGCAAAUGGCCCACGGGCUGCAGAUGGCCGAGAUAGCGCAGUCCAAGAAACGGCAAGCUGAGAAACAGCGGCAGGAACAACUUGCAAAGAAGAAAAACUGAGUGCUGCCCCAAAAGAACCAAAGGACCUGAAGCAGGUGUUCCACAAGGCAGUGAGGAAGAUCUCCCACGUCCGCGUGGUUACGCAACUGUGCGAGGACGUCAACGUCAUGAUGUCACAUCACUGACAAAGAUGUGUCUGGGUACCUCAGGUAUGGACUUUUGGCGCCCACCUCUUUUCACCUCAUGACCAGCCAGGAUACUGCUGGUGAAAGUUGGGAUUAGCCUGGUUAUGAAUAGAGACUGAGAAGCAGCCACUCAGCAAAGCAGGGAUGUGCAGACAUACUCUGUCAGCAGAUGAUGAACACAGAUUAUCCCCCCCACCCCCCAAGUCCUUUUCCUUGGGUCUGGGACACAGCAAGGAUUGGACUUUUGUUGGGUGACUCUAACAUUGUCACUUUUGCUUUUGGUCUUUUAUUGUGAAAACAAGCAGUGAAAUGCUAGAAGCAGAAUAGCCAACAGUUUGCCAAGAAAAUGUAAAUUAGCUGUGCUGAUCAAUUGUGUAGGCUCACUCAUGGUAGAAAAUACCAUUCUGUGGUCGUGAAAUAAUAAACUGUUGUACAGCCCAUAAUAAUACCUGCUAAUUAUUACUGUGUGUGUUUCAUAAGAAAUACGUGCAUCAGUAAGUAUAACAUGUACACUGUGUACUUAGUUCCUGGAUAUGUAAACAAGGUGGGGACGGUCGCAGUGGUAAGUGUAUAGCAUUGCACAUUCAACAUUUUCAGGGUAUCUGGGGGGGUCUCAAAAAGUCCCAAAAUUAAAGGGGACCUAUUAUGCUUUUUCCACGUUUCUGACCUAUAAAUGUAGUUAGAAUGUUGUAUUCUUGUUUUAAACAAUGCCAAAGUUUAAGAUAAUGAGGUUUGCACAUUUGGAAAGUGAGUCCUGAAAGAAGUUUGGGAUGGCCCAAAACACUCGGUUUGAAAAGGCGUGGUAAAACUGCCCCUUUGUGAUGUCACAGAGGGGCAGACUUCCUUAUAUAUAAACAAUCUGCCCUCACCUUGCUAGCAAUGCCUCGAAAGGGAUUUGUUUCCAAUUACUAAAGACGCCACAAGUGGUUGGAGUUCCUGAUUCCCUACCAGCAAAAAAAAAUUAUUUUAAUCUGUCAACGGCAUUUCACACUGGACUGUUUAGUGAACAUGGUCAACUAUGCAGCUGGACUAGCCGACAAACUUGCUGAAGCUCUGCACCUUGGAGAAGGGCAAGCAAGUAACUAACAAUAUAUCAGUGUCCUAACUGUGUUUAUUUUGUGUAAGUCAUAGAGCAAAAGCGCUUAACUGUGUAGCAUUAGCAUACUGGGAGCUAAAAUGCUAAAGCUACUUACCAUUGAGAGACGUCUUGAAAUAACCUCUUUUCUUGAGAAACUUCGGACUGUACAUUCUGUAUUUCUGUAUAUGAGGUUAAAAGCGGACAUUUUAAAAAGAUACAUCGUAAUUUAUUAUCAAUCCCUAUACCGUAGUGGCACAAACCGGAAGUCCUUUUAAGUACUCCAACCAUAGCAGAGUAGGAGUGCCUGGAGGCGGAUCGUGAGUGUAAUACAUUAAAAAAAGACCGUUUUUGCAGGAACCACAAAAUCCAAAGAAGUACAACUGAAGAGGCGCAGAUUCUGGAAGAUCUACAGAUCUCUCUACAGAUCUCUGUGUGGAGUUUGCAUGUUCUCCCCGUGCAUCCCCGUUUUCUCCGGUUUACUCCCACAUUCCAAAAACAUGCUAGGUUAAUUGGCAAUUAGAUCAAGGUUACAAUUAACACUUAAUGUAAUAAUUUAAUAACAGAUUAAUUGGUAGGUUUUUUUUUAAUUAAACAAUCACAUAAAAACACUUUUUAAAUUCCCACCUCUCAGUGGCAAUCCCUUUAAGAAUGUAUGAAUGGACCUAAUAUGAAACAAUUCAUUUUUUAUUAUAACAUUAGUAAGGGAAGAUUUUGGUCUUUAUUUAGGCCUGGGGGGCACUGUGAGCUGGUGUCCAGCAUGAGGAUUUACAAGGGGAUUUCCACAGACAUCAAGGGGUUAAUGGUAUUUGGUUUAGGGGACAGGCAAGGAAUCAUAUAGCUUAUGAUAUAUACAGUAUAUCUAUCAGAGCGAUUAUACAGUAUUGAGUGAUGGGGAUGGCCUUUGAAGAUUAGACACGGAUUACGCUUGGGAAUGUGAGCCAAUGGGGUGGCAUCAAGGACGUAAAUAUUCCAUCACUUCACUUUGUCUACAGCAUAAAUUCUGCUUUUAUGUUGGUGUUAGUUUGCCGUUAAAGAAACUCAGUGAAUACACAGCAAGGUCAUGUUUGACUAUAAACAGCUCUACUAAAAACAGAUAUUUGUGAAAAUAAACAUCAAAGAGAACACAAUACUGGAUACCGGAUGGACCCUCUUAACAGUGAAACAUUUAUUUAGUGAGCUAUUAAUGCUGGCAAAAGUUGAGGAAUAUCCCAAACUAGCAACAGCAGCAAUGUGGCAAUUGUGCUUGUCGUGAAUUAACGGGUUGAGUGUGUGUAACAAAAGGCACGCAUGCCCUCCUUUUGUGUGCCUCUUGUGUGUUUCAGCGUGUUUCUGCUCUUUUGUUGGCAGCACAAUAGCUGCAGUGCGCCGGCCUUGCCAGCAGAGGGCGUACUGGGGACCUUUUUGCCAAACAACUGAAGCCUUGUUCAUUUUGUAUGUUACCUCUUGUAUUGCCUGUCUCUCUUAAGUAGGACAAAAGUAGCAUGUUUUACUCUCCUGUGUGUUUACAGGCAUGAUGUCUAUCAUUGUCAAUCACGGGUGCUGUCAAUCAAAUAAAUGAGAC